UAUGGCGAGAAUGCCUGGCAGCGGGCAUCACUGCUGUGGCGACGACACGACCCCGGCGUCCGGGCAAAGCGAACGGGACUUAGAGGACGCAGAGGAAGGAGAGAUUCAGGAGAUCCAGAUCACAGUGGACGAGGGUGAAGAGUGCGAGGAUGAAGAAGCCGAGUUGGAACCCAAGAACUGUGAGAGCGGGGAAGCGGUCCUCAUGCGGAAUACAGACCAGCAGCGCGGGGGGCACGAGAUGCACAUGGAUCCUCUGGACCCUGAUGCUGAUGAGGGAGAGACGAGGCAUCUGUCUGUGUCAGAGCGCUCGCGUCUGAGCGAGAACACGCGCUUGGCCACGCGUUACGCGGUGCGGAUCUUCCGCGAGUAUUUGAGCGAGACUGAACAGAGUACGAACUUCGAGUGCAUGGACAAGCACGGGCUGUGCAAAGUCCUGCGCGCGUUCUACUCCGAGGCGCGCUCCAAGAGCGGCCAGUUGUACAGCAAGUCGUCGUUGAUCAGCAUACGCAGUUCCCUCAACCGGUAUCUAAACGAGCCGCCCUUCUGCCGCACGCUCGACCUGACCAAGGACCCGGAGCUGCGCAGUGCCAACCUGGCGCUCGCUGCUGUCAUCCGCCGCCUGGAGGAGCAGGGCGCCGGACCCGUGGUCCAGAAGCAGGCGAUCACGCGCGCCGACCUGCGCAGGCUCUACGCGUCUGCCGCGUUCAGCGCGCGCUCCCCGUUCGGACUACUCAACAAAGUGUGGUUCGAGACAUGCAUGUACUUCUGCACGCGCGGCCGAGAGAACCAGCGCGAGCUCGAGGAGGACUCUUUCGGACUCGCCACGGACGAGGACGGGAGAAGGUUCGUCUACUUCAAAGCGCUCGGGCCGUACCACAAGUCCCGCUCUUCAUCCUGGAGCAGGAAAAGAUCAGACACGGAUGAAGAAAACCUCCCGCGCAUGUACGAAACCGGCACGGAGUUUUGCCCUUACGCAAGCUUUGUGAAGUACCUGUCAAAGCGCAACCCCGCGUGCAGGGCUUUUUUCCAGCGCCCGCGCGACCACUGCAGCGAACACGACACGACUUGGUACGAGAAUAAAGCUGUGGGUAAAAACCUGCUGGGCACGAGGAUGCAGAUGCUCUCUCGCGCGGCAAAGCUCUCCAAGACCUACACCAACCACUGCAUCGGCGCCGUCUCCAUAGCAACGCUCAACAGCGUCGCCGGCAUCGGCUCGAAAUUGGCGCCGCUACAUGUUGCACCGGAAAUGGUCAACGGAAGCCAGCGGCCACGUCGCGACACCGAGGACUCGCCGGACAUCGAGACGCGUAAAAUGUGCAAACGUCCGCAAACGGAGAUGUAUUCCGCGCACGCGCCGGGACCGGGAUAUUCACCGAAAAGACUUUGCGUGCGCGCUGUUGUUGCAGAGGGGGCAAACCCUCCGGUACCGAUUAAAGUCAGCGCGGAUUCCGCGGCCCCGGUCGCCCCAGCUGCGCUCGAGCACAAAGGAGAAGCUGCACUGGUGAUGACUGCGCAGGAGCAUCACAGCAGCGUGGCCAUGUCGACUCGGCCUCGUUUGGCACAGUCGCCAGCCUCCCCUGUGGGUACAGCUGGCAUCCCCACACCGGCCCAGCUGACCAAGGCCAACGCGCCAGUGCACAUCGAUGUGGGAGGGCAGAUGUACACCAGUAGUCUCGCUACGCUCACUAAAUACCCAGAAUCUCGGAUUGGACGUUUGUUUGAUGGCACGGAGCCCAUAGUGCUCGACAGCCUAAAGCAGCAUUAUUUCAUCGAUCGGGAUGGUCAUAUGUUCCGCUACAUUCUCAAUUUCCUCAGGACGUCCAAGCUACUCAUCCCAGAUGACUUCAAGGACUAUUGUCUGCUGUAUGAAGAAGCACAGUAUUUCCAGCUGCAGCCACUGCAGGCAGAGCUUGAGCGCUGGCGGUCGGAGCGAGACUCAGGGUGUGUGUCACGGCCGUGUGAGUGUGUGGUGGUGCGCGUGGCUCCCGAAUUGGGGGAAAGGAUCACACUGAGUGGAGACAAGUCUCUCAUCGAGGACAUUUUCCCUGAGAUCGGAGAUGUCAUGUGCAACUCAGUAAACGCAGGAUGGAACCAUGACUCCACUUAUAUCAUCCGGUUCCCUCUUAAUGGAUACUGUCAGCUCAACUCUGUACAAGUUCUGGAGCGGCUCCAGCAGAAGGGAUUUGAUAUCGCUGCUUCAUGUGGAGGUGGUGUGGACUCGUCUCAGUUCAGCGAGUACAUUCUGCGGAGAGAGGUCAAGCAAGUUCGAAGCAGGGUCCUGACUUCAGUCAUUCAAAUCAAACAAGAGCCAUUGGACUAGGAAAAAAUAUCUUUUUUUAAAAAACAAAAUAAAAUUAAAAAAUAUUAAUAAUAAUAAAAAAAACAAGGCCACAUCCUUUGAAGUAUAUAUAAUGUGUCAAGUCAUACUGGGAUAUUGCAGAAUGAAAGAACACAUUUCUAAAGUAAAAACUACCUUUAUUUCUCUGUAUAAUCCCCUGCUACACCAAUGCCCUCAUCCCAGCGCUUCAUUAGUACUUGAAUACCAUCGAGGUAGAAAGUUCUCAUGAUUCCACUGCCUGCUUCACUUCUGAAAUACUGGCCUCCCAGGAACUCCUUAAAUGGCACAGAAAUGUAAAAAUGGUUGAGAGCCAGGACUUUAUGGCAAUAGCUUCCAGCUGAGUUCCUGUAAUGUGCAAGUGGUGUUGGUGAAUGAUUUUGUGUGCAGUUUUCACAAAAAGUUGCGUCUGUUCUGCAAUUUGGUGACAAACUAUCCAUCGAUUCAAAGACCAGGUGUUCUACUCCCGGAAUGACUGCACUGUCCUCCGAGCCACCUUAGCUGGGAUCAAAGAUGUACGGUCAUCUUUAAAAUGUUUGCACUAUUUAAAUUAUUUACUGAAUUUACAAGUCUCAUCACAGUACUGUGCUUAAAGUCUUUUGUAAACAUCAAUCCGUUUAAUACCUUCAAUCAUGAGAAAGUCCCAGUUUGACUUGAACACUUUUACAAUAUUCAGCCUUUCAAUGCAAAAAAAAAAAAAAAAUGAUUUGUGAUUUCACAAUACAACAAGGCAAAGGUUUGUUUUAAAACCUUUUUACUUGUAUUUACCAAAUUUGACUUGAAGAGAUUCAUCAGAAGAGGUAAAAUCAAAAUCACUCCCAUUAGGCCCAGACAAAAAAUCUCUAAACUGUUUUUUUAAACAAUAAUAUUAUCAGA